AUGCGACGACUUCAUCUCCCUACGAAUCCCAUGAAGACUCUCCGAGCGUCAACCUCGGUUGAGGGUCUGCGCAGCGCCUUGGGGCACCUGUUUCGCAUUGCAGUCUCUUUCUCACUGCUUUUCAUGGAUAAUACGAUCUUGCUGGUGGCGGUCUUGCUCUCCCGACUGCGCCCCGCCGAUCGGCGCCAGCCAGCAUCGAAAAAUGAACAGCUCUACCCCAAGACGAUGCUGAUCACGGGAAUCGGUACAUCGCACGGCCUGGCCCUUGCGCGAGCAUGGAAGGCUGAAGGCCACCGCGUAGUGGGUGCAGAUGUCGUCGAUCUUGGUCUUCCAAUUCGAUCAGGCGGGAGCAUGUCCAAGGCACUGGUCGCAUUCUACCAGGUUCCCAGUGACCACUAUAUUUCAAAAGUCCUGGAGAUCAUCCACCGCGAGAAGAUUGACCUCUGGAUUCCGUGCUCGCCCAAGGCAACUGCCAUCGAAGAUGCCACGGCUCGACAGGUCAUCGAGAGCCGGACCCUCUGCAAAUGCAUUGCAUUUGAUACCGAACUAAUCUCAUGCUUUGUUCACCCGGAUUCAUUCAAGCAGUUCUUAGUGGAACGGGAUCUUCCCGUACUGGAGCAUCACCAAGUGCAGUCACGCGACUCUAUCCACAGAAUCUUGAACCGCACUCCGACCAAGUCUUAUCGCCUCAGCUCGGGUGGAAGUGAAGCAGCCGUCUCUCUGCCGAAGCGUACCCUCAGUAAGACGUACUCGGAGAUUAGCGAGAUCAAAAUCUCCAAGGAACAUCCUUGGAUCUUGCAGCAACAAAGUAGACUAGGAGAGUUCUUCGCAGACCUGUUGGUCGUACGAGGCCAUGUUCAUGCCAUCAAGGUCCGACUCGCGGAUACUCGAUCUCCUCACUGGGGUGCCUCGAGACUCGACGAAGCGCUGGCCGCUGCUAUCCAUCGUCUCAUGCGGACUUUGGCAAGCAAAGGAGGUCCACGGAUGACCGGUCAUCUUUCAGUUCGGCUGCUGGUCGAUGAGGAGUUCGAUGUUUCGUCCGUUCGCCAUACCAUCCACAUCGCAGAUUGUAUUUCAGGAGCUGCAGCUUUUGACAAUCUGUUGCGCGAUGCACCAUGUCCUAUCUCUGGUUAUCUUGCGGCCUUCGACUCGGCACCAACUGAGCCUCCCGCUUGGAAGGUGAUGGCGACCUUAUCGCCCAACAAGCCUCCGAGGCUGUCCCUACUGGAUAACAAGUUUGUGGCCCAUCUACUCCCAUGGUUCCUGUCACUUGAUACUGUCAAAGAAGCGAUCAUAUCUCUUGAAGCAAAACUUGUGCCGUUCCUUUUCUGGAUGGAUCCACAGUUCUCAUAUCUUGAUCCCGUUCCCUGGUGGUGGCAUGUGCAUGUUUACCAGCCACUGCGGGAAAUAUGGAUGUUGGUGAAGCAAACUCGGGCAGCAGGUCUGGCUGGUUGUUUUGAUGAUUGA